GACGGGGAGCGGGAGCCGGAGGAGCGGAGCCGCGCCGUCCGGAGCAGGGCGAGCAGCGGAGGAUGAAGCGGCAUCUCCCCGGGUGAGCCGAGCCGAGGCCGCGAUGGAGGAGGGAGAGAAGCCGGAGCCCAGCACCGAAACCCCAGCCUCCGGCGACCCCCAGGGAGAGGGCAUCGUGAAGCUGGGCAGUAGGGACGGUCUGCCCAUGGGAACAGAGGACCACUGGAAGGUUCUCUUCGACCAGUUUGACCCCGCAAACACGGGCUACAUCAGCAGGGAAAAGUUCCAGGGCCUUCUGCAAACACACGGGUCGGAGCUGGAGCCGCAGAAACUGGAGGUCCUUCUGGCUCUGGCAGACAGCAGCUCGGAGGGCAGGGUCUGUUACCAGGACUUCGUGAACUUGAUGAGCAACAAACGUUCCAACAGUUUCCGCCGCGCCAUCCUCCUGGGCAACCGCCGACUGCGUGCCAACUCACUGCUGGAGGAGACUGGCCUCACCCUGGGCCAGCGUUUCAUCCGACACGUCGCCUACGAGACCCUGCCCCGUGGCCUGGAUCGCCGGUGGUACUACGACAGCUACACCUGCUGCCCUCCGCCCUGGUUCAUGAUCACCGUCACCGUUCUGGAGAUUGUUGUCUUCAUCUAUUACGGGCUGGUCCUGGACAAGUGGGUGCUGCAGGUCACACACCCGUCCUACCUGAAGAACCCACUGGUGUAUCAGCCGCAGCUUCGUAGUCAGGUGUGGCGCUACCUCAGCUACAUCUUCAUGCAUGUGGGGGUCGAGCACCUGGGCUUCAACGUGACCCUGCAGCUCCUGGUCGGUGUUCCUCUGGAGAUGGUCCACGGAGCUCUCCGCAUCAGCUUCAUCUACCUCACGGGGGCUCUCGCAGGUUCAUUGGCUGCAUCAGUGGCAGACAUGACUGCACCGGUGGCUGGUUCCUCGGGAGGAGUUUACGCCCUCAUCUCUGCUCAUCUGGCCAACAUAGUCAUGAACUGGUCCGGAAUGAGAUGUCAGUUCAAACUGAUCCGGAUGGGAAUAGCCAUGAUUUGCAUGAGUCUGGAGUUUGGCCGUGCCGUCUGGCUGAGAUUCCACCCGCCCACCCACCCCUCCUGUGCCCACCCCAGCUUCGUCUCUCACCUUGGAGGAGUGAUGGUGGGCAUCACGCUGGGGGUGGUUAUCCUCAGGAAUUACGAGCAGAAACUCCAUGAGCAGUCCAUCUGGUGGAUCUUUGUACUUGUCUAUCUCGUCUUCGUGUUCUUCGCCAUCCUCUGGAACAUCUUUGCCUACGGUCUCUUGGAGAUCAGGCUGCUCCCUCCAGCCUAAUCCUCAGACCGGACCAGCUAGCGUGAUCCCACAGCCCAGAUGAGACCUCACUUUUGAAACAAUCGGAUGAAUGUACAACGGGAUGCAUUGGGAAUUGAUUCAACUGUGCCUAAUCAAAGCUUGUGAUAUGAUGUGACCUGACUGGUUCAACACUUGUAUCUGAUAAGGAAUUAGAUACCUCCUCCUGCUCCAAAAGAUCAUUUCACACACCGAAGGGCACAUUCUGACCUAUGGUUUGUUUUGAAGAAUUACUGGUAAUCGGAUUCAAUUUCCAGAAUUAUCUUUUUAAACUGCAUGGCCCUUUCCCCUACGACUGAGAAGGGAUCGUUGGCUCUUCGAAGACCGAAGGUGCUGAGGAUCCCCAGUGGAACCUCCGAGUCCACAAAUGGAAAGGGGCAACUCAAUGACGUCAGCACAUCACCCAGCAAGUUAUUUGAUGGCAGCUCCGUGCAGUCACAUGUGGCUCUGGUCCGAGGGGACUCUACAUUCCAAGUUAACGUUAGGUGAUUGCAUCGUGUUUUACAGGGAGAGGGGGGAAAACAGAAGGGGCUGCACUGCCAUCGAGUGGCAAUCUGAUGGAACGUGCAGGUGUUUGGAUGUCAGUGACCAAAGAGCCUUCCCAUAGUUAAGCCCUCAUUCUGGGGAGGUAUCAGCAGGGCUACGUUACACUGGGAGUUCUCAUCUUCAGAAGAAUUAACUCAUUCUUCAACGCUAGUGCUUAAAGAGUUGCAUUGCAACCUGAACUAGGAACAGCGGUGAGCAGCAUCAGUGUUUGUACACACUGCUCAGGGACACAGAAACUGACCCAAACACACCUUACAUUUUCUUCUCGUCUGAGCUUCGUUCUUUUUAUUAAGACUCACCUGCUCAAUAACCUGGUCUCCAAGUGUCAUUAACUCCCAUAGAUAAGAUUUUACAAUGUGUACAUAACUUGUCCAAACUCUAUAAAUAAGGAGUUUAUGAUGAUAGUCUGUAGGUAAUUUGACCAGUCUAGUCAAUAUCCUUAAUUUAUGGCCAAUACACCAGAGUAAACUGAAGA